CCCUACACAUAUACAUAUGUCACUGUCAGGCUGUCAGCCCACUCAGCUCAGUAGCCAGUAGAUUUCUUUCUAGUGUUUGUUUUCGGUGUAGUCUCUGUGUAGGUAAUGGCAAAGUGCGGAGACAAGAAACUGGCUUUCUACUGAGCUUCACUGGAUAUUUAAGUUUGCAAGAGAAGAAAGAUAAGAAAGGACGUCUUCAUUCCACUAAGAAAGGACAACAGAAAUACUGAUUUUGGUUCAACGAAAAAGAAUGCAAACUCAAUUAUUACAAGAACAAUGAGAGCUACAUACAAUACGUACACAUGUCCCUUGGUGAGAUAAGUAUGGAUGAUACAAAAGUGAGCCCUGCAGCUGCUUAUGAACAUGAAUCAAAUGAGGACACAUCAAAUACUUUUAUAAUAUUAACUCAUUCUGGUCAAAUUUUUGCUUUGACUGCUGAGUCAGCUGAAAUCUGUCAUGACUGGAUUAGAAAUCUACAAGCAAAGCGUACAGAAUGGAUUAAGAAAUACAGUAACAUGAGGAAGACUUUACCAAGAAUAAUAUCUCCAAGACAUUACGACAAAGUUAGUGGACUAGUAGGAGGAGAUAGAAGCUUUGGAAACAGCUUAGGCAUGGAUUUGUUAAGGACAACUGGGAAUGGCUCGGUUAGUGUCAGAAAAAUAUUCAUUGAUCAGUUGGAGGGAAAACUGUCGCCUUGUAAUGAAUAUCAGGAUCCUUUUGAAAGUGAUAGGCCAUUACAAAGGACAGAGACAGUCUCUUCCUAUACUUCUAUAGUACUAAUUGAUAUCAAACAGUAACUGAUGGGACUAGGGAGGGACAAGGAGAGAGGGAGGAGGAGGAAUCAGUUGGAAAAAGUUUAUGUAAUUCUGAUGAUUCUGGUGAGAGUGGUAAAGAUAGAAUUGAUCACAGUAGCAUUAUUACAGCAUGACAGAAUGAUAUUAGAAUUGAAGGCAGAGUUGAACAAAACAAGAUCAGAGCGGGAUCAAUUCAAAAAGCAAGCGAUGCAACUGCAGGAGAAGUUAUU